UUUUAUUCCACGCAGUUUUAUCUUUUGAAUUCAGCUACAUUUGUUUCAUUCUCCUUGCAUGCUUCCCAUUUGGAAUUUUCUAAAGACGCUUAUGCCCACUUCCGACUCCGACGCACCUUUAGACGAAACGCACAGGCAUGCGUCGGUAGCUCAGCCAACACAAGCAGAUGGCAGGCAUCGCAAACGACCGCGGAGCCGCAGCAGCUCGCCUGAGCCUUGCACUAGACAGGCAAAAGGCAGGCGGCGCAACACGGAAAUGCCUGAAAGCAAGGUGUUCCGGAUCUGCGGCGCGCAGGUGAAUUUUCCAUACCAGCCAUAUCCGUCGCAGCUGAGCAUGAUGAACCACAUGAUCCGGGCCAUGAAUGCGGCCAAGCACGCGAUGAUCGAGAGCCCGACGGGCUCGGGCAAGUCCCUGGCGUUGCUGUGUGCGGCGCUGACGUGGCAGAAGGAGUUUACGGAAAAGCAGCGUGCUCUGCAGGCGCAGAUCAGCCAGGCGAUUGCCAGGUUCGGCAGACAUAAUUCGCUUAGCGAGGUGUUGAGCGAGGACAGGGCGGGUAAGUUUGCAAUGGAUGAUGAUUUUGCCCGGCCACGGUCCCAUGCGACGGCCAGCGAGAUCUCCCGGGCAACGGUGAUGGUCGAGAAGACAGUGCCGUACAUUCUGGAGCAAAGCGUGGACGGACAGGUGCCCAGGGGGCUGACGCAGGGCGACAUUGAUCUGCUCAAGGCGAACAAGGAUGGACUGCAUUUGCUGGGGCGGCGGCCGCGGAUAUACUUUGGGUCACGCACGCACAAGCAGGUGUCGCAGCUGAUUGAGGAGCUGCGCGUGAAGACAAACUACCGGCCACGGUCGGCAGUGCUAGGCAGUCGUUCGCAGACGUGCAUUCGGAAGGAUGUGCUCCGGGCGCCGUCGGUGGACGACCGGUGUCGCGAGAUGGUGGAGAACGGCAAGUGCGCGGCAUACCAUCGGGUGAAGAAGCUUGUGCAGCAUACUGCCCUGGCUACGGGCGGCGAGAGCCAGAUCUGGGAUCUGGAGGAUCUGGUCAAGGUGGGCAGGAAGGUGAACGGAUGCGCAUACUUUGCGUCGCGCGAGCUGUCGGGGUCGGCGGACAUUGUGUUCUGCCCGUACAACUACAUUCUGGACCCGGGUGUGCGCGAGGCCGCGGGCAUCAUUCUGGAAGACAAUAUUGUGAUUCUGGACGAGGCGCAUAAUGUCGAGAAUGCGGCCCGGGAUGCCGGGUCCAAGGAGUUCACCGACCAGCAGCUCAAUGGCCUGGCCGGCGAAUGCGCGGGGCUGAUCCAUCGUGGGAUCCUGUCCGAAGAGCACCGGUUCGUGAACACCCUGGCUAAUACGAUUAUCGCGCAGCUGCAGCAGCAACAGCAGUUCGAGUACCACGACUACGAGACGCGCACAAACGUAUGGCCGGGCAGCGAGUCGGUCAGAUCGCUGUUCCAGCGGCUCAUGCUGACCGACGAGUCGCGAUCGCAAUUGCAGCUCACGUACCUUAGCCUGGAGGCACACCGGAACAAGUGCCGUGAGGAGAUGAAGCGGCGGCAGGAGGAGCGCAGGCAGAGGGAGGUGUUCGGGGCGGAGGGCGAUGAGGAGAUGGAGGAGCCCCUCGGGCAUCUGUCGAACGGGUCGAUGAAAAUGCUGACGGGGCUAUUGCGCAUGCUCUCGUACUGCUGGCCAGAGUCCGAGUUCGCCAACGACUACCGCGUUGCGAUGAUCCGCCGGCCCAACCCGGAGCUGUUCCUGGGCUCACGGCAGAGGCGUCGCCGCAACAAUGGGCUGGAGUCGACGAUUCCGCCGCACAUCAACGUCCUAGCGUUCUGGUCGCUGAACCCGGGCGUGAUUUUCAAGGACAUUGCUUCCAAGGCUCGGUCGGUGAUUCUGACCAGCGGCACGCUGUCGCCGCUGAGCUCGUAUGCGUCGGAGCUGCAGGUGGAGUUUCUGAGCACGCUGGAGGCCAGCCACGUGAUUGCCCCCGACCGCUGCUGGGCUGCAACCAUCGCCUGCGGACCCUCGGGCACCGUCCUGGAGGCCAAGUACCAGACAUCCGAGCAACUGGAGUUCCAGGACGACGUGGGCUCGGCCAUCCUCAGCAUUGCGAUGAAGUCGCCCGACGGCAUGCUGGUGUUUGUGCCCUCGUAUGCGCUUCUCAACAAGCUUCUGGGCCGGUGGCAGGCUACCGGCGUGCGGCAGGAGCUCGAGCUCCACAAGAGCGUGUUUGUUGAGCCGCAGGGCGGAUCGAAGAAGGAUUUUGAGAAGCUGCUCAAGAAAUACCGCACAGAGCUGGCCGAGCGCAAGGUCUCGGGGGCGCCGGCUCAGCGCGGGGCGGUGAUGUUUGCCGUGUACCGCGGAAAGGUCAGCGAGGGCAUUGACUUCAAGGACUACUACUGCCGGACGGUGGUCAAUAUCGGGAUUCCGUUCCCGGCCUUCAAGGACGUGCAGGUGGUGCUGAAGCGCGACUACAACGACCGCUGCCCCGGGAAGCUGCCCGGCCAGGCCUGGUACGAGGUGCAGGCCUUCCGCGCAAUCAACCAGGCGCUCGGCCGCUGCCUCCGGCACAGGAUGGACUGGGGCGCCAUCAUCAUGCUCGAGGCCCGGUUCCGCUUUCCUGGCAACAUCGAGAAGCUGUCCAAGUGGGUGCGUGGCCGCGUGCGUGUCUUUGACCAGUUCCUCCCAGCCAUGGACAGCCUGGCCGAGUUCUACCAGGCCCGCAUCCAGGAGGACAUUCAGAACAGCGAUGCCGCACACUUUGCCGACAUGGAGUGCGAUGACGAUGAGGACGACAUGGACUCGGCGGUAGUGGUCCCCAGGAAGACUAAGGAGAAGUCGCUGGUCACCACGCUGCACUCGUUCUUUUACAAGCCUGGUCAGCGCCAUGGCGCGUGCUCGCCGGGCGGCAGCGAUCAGGAGUAAAAAAAAAAAAAAAGGCUUUCUCAUUGGAAAUACA